GGGGUCGAACUAGUGCAGAGAGAAACUCGAUUCGAAGAUUCUUGCCAUUAUUUGCCUUAAUUUUAUACUUAGUUAAGGUGAAAGACGCAGGAGUGUCCCAUAUUUUGAUAUCGCGGAGUUGUAGGACUGUGAAGUUAAAUGUUGCUAUUUUUACCAUCCAAUUGGAGUUGAGCAGGACUCUUUUGGUUUCUUUAUGGACCUAAUGUCAAACAUUCAAUACUCAUCACGGUCUACGCGGAGAUUGUACCGAUGAGGUACAGUAUGUUUUUGGGUUACUGUUGACAAGUUUCUUUACAGGUUUGAUUCAGCAUACAUCUCAGCCUAGGAAUCAGAUUGCAACAUCUCCCAUUAUGGUUGUUGUGUUGAUAACUGGAGUGUGUGGAAGUGGAAAAACAACAGUAGCACGUGCUUUGGCGAAGAAGUUGUCUUGCCCUUAUGUGGAUGCAGACACUUUCCAUUCAGAGGAAAAUAUUACAAAAAUGAAGCAAGGGAUUGCACUUACAGAUGAGGACAGACAACCAUGGCUUCUUGCUUUGCACAAAGUUAUUGAAAGAUGGAGCAAGCGUUCUGAAUCUGGAGUGCUUGCUUGUUCAGCUCUCAAAGAACAAUACAGACAAACAAUCCUUUUUGGAGCAGAAGCCAGCUCUAACAACACACCUUAUUGCUCAAAUGGUGACAAGCGGCAAAAACUGUCGAAGCCAUCACCUUUUUAUUGCCUGGUUGUACUACUUAAAGGGUCUAAGGAUGUGGUAAGGGAGAGAAUGGAAAAAAGGCAAGAACAUUAUAUGCCCUUAAGUUUACUUGCCUCUCAGUUUGAAACUCUGGAGGAACCUGUCACUUGUGAUGAGUACUCUGCUCUUCACAUCUCUGUGGAUCAAACCGUGGAAGAAAUAAUUAAUGAUAUUUUGAGAACUUUGAAGGCUAAAUGUGGCAUGAAAGUAUCAAUACAUAGUACUGUAUAAUAUGAAAUUUGAAAAUUUAUAGUAAUUUUUGUAACAAAAUAGAUUUUGUAACAUGUAUUGAAGUAAGUAGAUUGGUGAGAGAUGAACUCUAAUUUACAUUUUCCAAUUCAACAACUUUAAAAAUAUUUUGGAUUUAACCCAUAAAUUACGCUCAUACCAAAGUGGAAAAUGCAAUUAUUGUUUUAUAUUUAUGUUAAUUAGCCCUCUUUGCCAUGAUAAGGAUUUUUACACUUGAAACAAGGCAUUAAGGUUUACAUGUAUGUAACAAGGAGACAGAAGGAGAAAUCUGUCUUUCAUCAUCUUGAGAUGAAGUAUAUGUACAGAAUCACGGGGUGCAUGAAGGCUCUUGUCUCAGAAAUCUUGGUUUCUUAGCACUUUCCAGCUUUCAUAAAAGCAUAUUUACACACAUUGCCCACAAGCAAAAGAUAGUUGCCUGUGGCAAUGGUCCUCUGCCAGAGUACAGCCUUUGUUUUAUCAUUUCUUUUAAAAUUUAGAAUCAGGCAAAAUAUUUUUUCCAAAUUUUAUAUAUGUAUCCACUUGAUUGCAGUAAUUUUCUCAUUUAAAAAAGCAAAACAAAAAAGGUAAACUGUGGCAACAGAAAUCAGCAUAUUAAGUUUUGCUUUUGUUACAUGCCUGACAGCUAAACAGUUCUCCCAGAAUUUUUAUUGAAAAAUUUUUUUUUCAUACUUCUUGAGGGUAUCAGUUAUUUGUAAACAGAUGUCAAGGGAUCCCAAAAAUUAUGUAAAUUUUGUACUUGACAAGAUAUCUGAACUUGAACUUGAGCUUACCAUUAAAUCACUAUGUUACAGUGACACUAAAAAAUUUGUAUUUUCUUGGUGUACACAAGUAUGGAAAAUCUAUCCACCAAAACUAAAAUAAUUAUUAGUAUCACCUUUCAUGUCUAAAGAAACAUUGUAGACUCUCAUCAGGUCUGCAUGAGGUUUUCUGUGGGACUUUGGUGAACAUAUUUGACUGCCAGAUAUUAGUGUAUUGGAACUUAGCUUGGCAAUCUGAUUACAAAAUGUUACUCUACCGCGUAGACAUUGCAACCUAUAGGUUUGUAUAAUAAUGUACAUGCUUGCAAAAGUUAAUUAGUUCAAAACCAAAGUAUUUCUUAGACUUGGCAUUUCCCAUCAAAUAUCUAAUACUCUUGUCAGGUUUUUUUGGUUGAUAUUUCUGAAUAUUCAGCUAAGCCAAAUGUUGAUAACUUAGGGAUUUUUUAGUAUGCAUGCUAAGUUUGGAUAUUUUACUGACUAGGACUGUAAGGUUACUUCUUGGUAAAGUCAUGUGAAACCAAAAAAAAAACAAACAAGCAAAACUGGCCACAAGUCACCGUGAAACCUGCCUUACUAAUGGUGUGAUCCAGCUCAGUGCAAGGGGAACUUUCCUGUCAGUAUUUUACCCUUUAAAAUCAAUAUGUGUUGUAUCUGUACUGUCAUCUAUACAUUUUCUAUGGUAAUGACACAGAAUUUGUGUAACAAUCCAGAGCUUCUUUAGUUGGUGAUUGCUAGAGGUUUAAUGGUCAAAUCCAAUUGUUUCAAUAAACAAAUACAACUGCUGAUCACAUUGAUGACAAUAUUCUAUAAAAUAAUGUAACUAAGAAGAAAAAAACAUACACCACCCUGUGCUUAUAAUCAUAUCAUCAUCUGGACCUGGAGAUUCACCAUCAUCUAUGUUCUGAUACAUUUAAAACUUCCUAAGAAUUUUACUCAGAGACUCACGAGACUGACAAGAAGUUUGGCUUGUGAUAGAAUACUUAAACAGUACUUUUAUUAGAUUAUUUACAUUAAUGAUAUAAUUUUUUUUUUCACUACUUUGAUGUUGCUUGAUAUUCUGGGGACAAAGUUGAGGGCAUAUCAUUGGAUGUUGUUCACUGAGCUUUUGUAUUUAUUAAAUAAUCUUAACCCUUUACAACCUAACAUAAGUAUCCUUAUUCUUCAUGAUCAUACUCUUCUAUAUGCAUUUCCUUAAGUACUAACAAAGAGAAUUUAGUUAACAAUCAAAGCUCCUUAGGUUGCUGAUCAUUUCCUUUAUUCUCAUGAUGUUACUGAAUAACUCGUCAGUAUUACUGUGAUGAAAAAUUAGCUGCUGGUCACUCUAAGGGUUUUAAGAGUUAAAUGAAAAGGUGAUUAUCAAAACAAGAUAUUUCCUUUUGUCAAAGGUAUUUUUUU